AUGAGAAUCAAAUGGAGUACAUUUUUCGAAGUAGACCAGCUCAAUCGCUAUAUUCCCGUGAUGGAACUUACCGAUUACUUUGAAGCCAUCGGGGAAGACAAAAUUGACGAAGUUUGGUAUCUACAGCGAUACGCGGAGGGUUGGGGAGACGGCGGCUUUGUUGAAAGAGUUCAUGAGCGCGACUGCAUUGACGCUCCAGUUUAUGAAACUGACGCAGGGCUAGACAAAAAAUACCGAGGUUGGUUCUUUGGCUAUCCUUCCACGCACGCAGUAAACUUCAAAUGCGUAUCGGUGCAAGGAUUUUCGUCUGUCCUUGUCGAGCCUUUGAAUGGUGGAAAUACUACUGCGCGGUCAAUUCUCCUCGAUCGAGCUGAGAACGUUUUGCACAAAUUUUAUGGACAGUACGAUUACUGGAGUGCACGCCGAUCGAUGGUUUUCAAUAAAGAGCUUCGAGAAGAAGCCGCCAAGUUCCGAUCUCAGUUUCUGGAUUCUAACGAUGUAGACGAUCGAACUGAUAUCUGGAAUGAGUCGUGGGAUUCCGUUGAACGGGACAUCACAAAGCCGGACGCACUUGGUGGCGCAUAUAUCGCUGUUCAUCUGCGCAGAAAAGACUUUCUUUACGCUCGCAAAAAAGAGCUCCCAUCGUUGAAAGGCGCUGCAAAGGAAAUAAAGAAGCAAAUGGAAAUCUACGGUGUUAAUAAAGUCUUCAUUGCUACUGAUGGUGUUCAAGGUGAAAGGGAAGAGAUGAAAAAGCUUCUUGGCGCGGAUAAGGUCGGAGAAACGUUUAACUUCUAUGAAGACGAUUAUCUAGGGGGAGUCGCUAUCAUUGAUCAAAUAAUCUGCGCCAAUGGUCGAUACUUUGUCGGAUCCAAAGAGUCCACGUUCAGUUUCAGAAUUCAGGAAGAGCGUGAAAUUAUGGGAUUUGAUCCUGAUAGGACUUACAAUCGGCUUUGUCCAGAUGAUCGGCAGCGUACUUGUAUUGUCGACCGAAGCAAGGGGAUCGACGAGCGAGAGGAUACGAAAAAACAUAAGUGCUGCGAUCAUCACACUCACUGGAAAAUUGUUUACGAGCCAGGAAGACACUACUAA